AUGUUUUGUGAAAUGGAUCCGCCCAUCGGGCGAUCCAUUUACAAGGUUGGAGAUCAUGCUUGGAAGAUUGGGACUUCAAUCGUCUGCGAGAAGGUCUCCAAGAUUCCCGAGGACGCUCUCGCCCACUGGCAAGACCAAAACAUGGACACGUUUUGCCUUCGUCCUGCUGAAUCGAUGCAAGUGGAAACAGAGGAGAUGACACCCGUAUACAACUCUGGAACCUCGGGUGCUGUUUGGAACAUUGGUGGAGCAUUUUUUAAAGUGAAGAGCUGGCAAGAAGGCACGGAGCUGGAGAACGAAACAAUAGAUUUCGUAGAGGAGAGGCUUGAGGGCAUCCCACUUCCGAAAGUCUUAUACGCAUGGAACGAACCCGAACUCUCCAGGUCGUAUCUUGUACUCCACCAAAUGCCAGGAACACUACUUGAGAGGGUGUGGUCUUCGCUAUCAGCAGCACAGCACAAGGAAAUCGCGACUGAAAUAGCAGGUUACUGCGAAAUGUUGGCGACCAUCACAUCGGAUUCAUUGAAAACUGCAACAGGCUGUGGAAUUGCUGAUGCCCAUCAUGACACCAUCUUUGUGGAGAAGUAUCUCUCCUCAUCGAACAUUCUUAUCCUUGAUGGGAAAGCCUCUGGCAUUUUGGACUGGGAGCACGCUGCGUUCUACCCACGGUUUUGGAUCGCUACGAAGCCGCAUCUCAGCUGCGGAUUCAUCUUGAAAGGAGAGGAUGCAUGGGCGUGGACAAGAUUACUAUCACAAGCGCUGAUGGAGAGUGGAUUCAAGGACGACCUCUCAGGAUUCCAGCGCUGGCGCGAAAGUUCGCGAAAUACUGAACUGACAUAA